CCUUUACGUAAGGCAGAGGCGGGACCGAGUCACGGUGGUGGCGGUAGCACCAUGUCGUGGUACCGCAACGUCGUGUGGUUCGUGAAGGGGCUGCGGGAGUACACGAGGAGUGGUUACGAAUCUGCCUCCAAGCACUUCGACCCAGCAGAUCUGGAGGUGGAUGUGGCUGGUAGAUCCUUUCUGAUCACUGGGUCCAACAGCGGCAUUGGCAAGGCUGCAGCCAGGGAGAUAGCACGGAGAGGUGGCACGGUUCACCUGGUUUGCCGCAAUAAGGAACGAGCUGAGGACGCCAAAGGAGAAAUAGUGACAGAAACUGGCAAUCAGAAUAUAUUCUUGCAUAUUGUGGAUAUUUCUAACCCCAAAGAAAUCUGGAAGUUUGCUGAAAAGUUCAAAACUGAACAUAAAUUGAAUGUGUUGAUUAACAAUGCAGGGUGUAUGGUGAACAACAGAGAGUUAACUGAAAAUGGACUUGAAAAAAACUUUGCAACAAAUACCUUGGGUACAUACGUUCUGACAACUGCCCUGCUGCCCCUCCUAGAAAAAGAAGCUGAUGCCAGAGUGGUAACUGUCUCUUCUGGGGGCAUGCUAGUUCAAAAACUAGACAUAUCUGACUUGCAGUCAGGAAGUGGGACGUUUGAUGGAACUAUGGUGUAUGCUCAAAACAAGAGACAGCAAGUUGUCUUGACAGAACAAUGGGCAAAAACUCACAGAAGCAUCCAUUUCUCUGUUAUGCACCCGGGCUGGGCAGACACUCCAGCUGUGAGGUCCUCGAUGCCAGACUUCUAUCAGAAGAUGAAGAACAGCCUGCGUACAGAGGCGCAGGGAGCUGAUACUGUGGUGUGGUUGGCAGUAUCAUCUGAGGCAGCAAAGUUACCCAGUGGCCUCUUCUUCCAAGACAGGCAACCAGUCCCUACACACCUACCCUUAGCAAGAACCCACAGCCUACCAGGGGAUGAGGAGAAGCUAAUGGAGGUGCUGGAAGAAUUCUCCCGGAAGUUUAAAUCCUCUUCUCCGGGAUCCCCUCAGUGCUGCUGAAGAUCAUGGAGCAGAUCUUCCUGGAAAAUAUGCUAAGGCACAGGGAAGAGAGGGACAUGAUAUGGGAUAACCAGCAUGGCUUCACCAAGGGCAGGUCCUGCCUGACCAACUUUGUCACUUUUUAUGAUGGUGUAACUGCAUCAGUAGACAAGGAAAGAGCCACUGAUGUCAUCUAUGUGGACUUCAGAAAGGCCACAGUCCCCCAUAACAGCUUUCUCUCCAAACUGGAAAGAGACAGAGUCCCCUAUAACAUUCUUCUCUCCAAAGUGGAAAGGUAUGGAUUUGAUGGGUAGACAGUUCAGUGGACAAGGAAACGGGAUCGUACCUUGGGAGUGGUGAUCUAUGCAUUGAUGUGCAGAUAGAGAUCAGUUACAAGUGGUGUUCCUCAGGGCUCAUUACUGGGACCUGUACUUUUUAACAUCUUAAUUAAUGAACAGUGGGAUCGAGUGCACCCUCAGCAAGUUUGCAGAUGAUGCCAAGAUGUCUGGUGCAG